AUGGCCUGGCAAAUUGGACUCCCGGGGUUGGGGGACGCGACGAUUGAUCGACUGCGGAAAAUGCGGCGUGGUAAACCGAGCCGGCCCUUCUACAAAGAAAAGGGGGUGUUGAAAGGGAAAAAAGGAAGUCGAGGCUGCUUGGAGGGAAUAAUGAUCGCCCUUUUGGGGAAACUCCGGAGCUGCUUCGUUCUGCCGCGUGGAGCCCGGGCGUUUCCUCUUGCUACCGGGUAUCGCGCCUGGGGUUUUCCCGAGGGAUUUAAAACCUCAGAAAUGGACCUUGACUUGCAGUGCCAAGAAUUUGAGGCAUCAAAAUGGAAAGAACUUGUUGAAUCCAUGAAACAGCACAAGACAAUUAGAUUGGAUGACUGCGGUCUGGGAAUUAGCCAUUGUGAAGAUCUUUCUGUUGUUCUGACUACCAACCAAGAACUAACUGAACUGAAUCUAAGCAACAAUGAACUGGGAGAUGCUGGUGUAGAUGCUCUAUGCAAAGGAUUGUUAAACCCCAAUUGCAAACUUCAAAAACUAAGAUUACGGAACUGCAAUUUAACUAAAGCUUGCUGUGAGAAGCUACGUUCUGUAGUUAGCAAAUCAUCUCUGACAGAACUACACCUGGGAGAUAACAGUUUGGGCUCCUCAGGUGGAAAAGCACUGUGCCAAGGACUUGUGGAUCCAAACUGCCAACUAGAAUCACUACAACUACAAUUCUGUGACCUCACAAAGGAAAACAUAGAAGCUCUCUGCUCUGUACUAUGUGUCAAAUCGUCCCUGCAAAUGCUCAACCUGAGUAAUAACAAGCUAGGAGAUGAAGCAGUGAAAAACCUCUGCCAAGCCUUGGUGAAGGGCUCUUCUAACUUGGAAUCCCUACAAUUAGAAAGCUGUGAGAUCACACGUGCUAGUUGUGAGGACCUCAGUACUUUCCUCAGUAAUACUCCAUCCUUGAAAGAGUUAUGCAUAGGAGACAACGAUAUUGGUGAUGCAGGGCUAGCUAUCCUCUGCCAAGGUGUCCAAAAUCCAAAUUGCAAAGUAGAGAAACUAUGGUUGUGGGAAUGCAAUAUCACUCCAGGUGGUUGUAAGGAACUUGCCACAGUCAUUGGUACCAAAGAGACACUCAAGGAUAUGAGCUUGCUGGGAAAUCCUGUGAAAAACGAAGGAGUAGACUUUUUAUGUGAAGGGCUGAAGAAUCCAGCAACAAAACUCCAAUCUCUAUGGUUAAGAGAUUGUGGCUUGACUGAAGCUUGCUGCAAGAGUCUUAGCUCUGCCUUGAGCGUGAACGUUGUCCUUAAAGAGCUGCAACUGGGUGGCAACUCCAUUAGAGAUGCAGGAGUGAUUGAAAUCUGUAACGGUAUCAGGAGCUCAAAGUGCAACCUUGAAUCCCUCUGGGUGGGGAUGUCGAGUGUUACAGCAGUUUGCUGUGAUGCACUUGCCAAACUUAUCGUUGAGAAACCUUCUCUACGAGAACUGGAUGUGAGCUACAGCCAAAUCGGGGAUGAGGGUGUGCUGAAGUUGUGUGAAGCAGUGAAAGAUCCAAACUGUAACCUGAAAUAUCUGAUCUUGUAUGACACUUAUUGGACUUCUGAAGCAGACAAGGUGAAGGUGAAGGAGCUGGGAAAAGUGAGGACUGACUUUCAAGUGGUUACAUGAGUGGGGAAACUUUGCUGGGACCGUUUCUUGUCUUCUGUUGAUCUUUGUUGUAUAAACCAAGUUACUAGCCCAGUGAUUUUUUUUUUUUAAUUUCAGAGUUAUGGGCAUGAUGUAAUGUACCCAAAAAUUCCAUUCCAUGUUAGGAAUAUGAUAAAAUGCUGAGGUAGUUCUGGAGAAAGCUUUUAGUUCUAUAUCAAAUUAUAAUAUAUAUGUAAAACCAGGUUGGUGGGCUUUUUACCAUUGGGGGAAAAAGGAGAAAAGAAGAGUAGAACAAAGUAAAAUAAAUCUCUGGCCCACUAUCAUAAAGCAAUAAUGUAGAUUGUGUUUUUUUUUCCCAGGGUAGGAAAUAGAAUUGUUUAGAUAAGAUUAAUUCACAACAUUGCUCACUUUGAUAAUCAACAAAAUGCAGUUAUAUCCUAUUUUCUGCUGACAGUAUAAA